AUGAGUGGUCGAGUUGGAGACCUGAGCCCCAAGCAGGCGGAGACCCUGGCCAAGUUCCGAGAAAAUGUGCAGGAGGUGUUGCCCGCCCUACCCAAUCCUGAUGACUAUUUCCUUCUGCGCUGGCUCCGAGCUCGGAAUUUCGACCUGCAGAAAUCAGAGGCUAUGCUCCACAAGUACAUGGAGUUCCGGAAGUCCAUGGACAUUGACCACAUCCUUGAUUGGCAGCCCCCAGAGGUGAUCCAGAAGUACAUGCCUGGAGGCCUGUGUGGCUAUGACCGGGACGGCUGCCCGGUGUGGUAUGACAUCAUUGGGCCACUUGACCCAAAGGGCCUGCUCUUCUCCGUCACCAAGCAGGACCUGCUUAAGACCAAGAUGAGGGACUGCGAGCGCAUCCUGCAUGAGUGUGACUUGCAGACGGAACGGCUGGGGAAGAAGAUUGAGACCAUUGUGAUGAUAUUUGACUGUGAGGGCCUGGGACUGAAACACUUCUGGAAACCUCUGGUGGAAGUGUACCAAGAGUUCUUUGGCCUCCUUGAAGAGAAUUACCCGGAGACCCUGAAGUUCAUGCUCAUUGUGAAAGCCACAAAACUGUUCCCUGUAGGCUACAACCUCAUGAAGCCCUUCCUGAGUGAAGACACUCGCAGAAAAAUUAUAGUAUUGGGAAGCAACUGGAAGGAAGGCUUGCUGAAACACAUCAGUCCCGAGGAACUACCUGCUCAGUUUGGGGGAACUCUGACCGACCCAGAUGGGAACCCCAAAUGUUUAACUAAGAUCAACUAUGGUGGGGAGAUCCCCAAGUCCAUGUAUAUGCGGGACCAAGUGAAGACUCAGUAUGAGCACUCAGUGCAGAUCAAUCGUGGCUCCUCACACCAGGUGGAAUAUGAAAUUCUGUUCCCAGGCUGUGUCCUCAGGUGGCAGUUCUCCUCUGAUGGUGCAGACAUUGGCUUUGGGGUUUUCCUGAAGACCAAGUUGGGGGAGCGGCAGCGAGCCGGGGAAAUGACAGAAGUACUCCCCAGCCAGCGUUACAAUGCCCACAUGGUGCCUGAGGAUGGGAGCCUCACCUGCUCAGAAGCUGGUGUCUAUGUCCUGCGCUUUGACAACACUUAUAGCUUUGUCCACGCCAAGAAGGUCAGCUUCACUGUGGAGGUGCUGCUCCCAGACGAGGGCAUGCAAAAGUAUGACAAGGAACUCACCCCUGUAUAG